AUGCCUACUAUUCCCGUGGACAAGGCCGAUCUCUACGAGCUUUUGGGCAAAGAGUAUACCACUGAAGAGUUUGACGAGUUAUGUUUUGACUUCGGUAUUGAGUUGGACGAAGACACCACCGAUGAAUGUGUGGGAGACGAGAGACCUCAGUUGAAGAUUGAAAUUCCAGCCAACAGAUAUGAUAUGUUAUGUAUCGAGGGUAUUGCCCAGGCUUUGAACGAGUUCUUGGGUAGAAGUGAAGCUCCAAAAUUCACCUUGAACCCUGCGAAGCCAGAAAUUACCAUGACCAUCAAGGAAUCUACCGUGGGCAUCAGACCAUACGCUGCUGGCGCCAUUUUGAAGGGCGUCAAGUUCGACAAGAGACGUUACGAGUCAUUCAUCGCCUUGCAGGACAAGUUGCACAGCAAUUUGUGCCGUAACAGAACUUUGGUGGCUAUUGGUACCCAUAACUUGGAUUCUUUGAGUCCACCAUUCACCUAUGAGGCAUUGGCACCUAAGGACGUCAACUUUGUGCCUUUGAACCAGACCAAAAAGAUGAACGGUGAGGAAUUGAUGGAGUUUUAUGACAAGGACAAGAACUUGGGUAAAUACUUGCACAUCAUUAGAGACCUUCCUCGCUAUCCAGUUGUGUUGGAUUCUAACAGAACCGUGUGCUCCAUGCCUCCCAUCAUCAACUCUGACCAUUCCAAGAUUACCUUGGACACUAAGAACGUGUUCAUCGAGGUCACCGGUACCGACAGAACCAAGACGGAGCUUGUCAUCAACCAGAUGGUUGCCAUGUUCUCCGUGUACUCUGCCACUCCAUUCGAAAUCGAGCCAAUCCAGAUCAUUUCGUCCCACAAUGGCGAGGACAGAGUGUGUCCAAAUAUCACCCCAAGAAAAACCGUUGCCGAGAUCGAGUACAUCAACUCAUGCUUAGGUUUGGACUACACCGGGGAGCAGAUUGCUGAGUUGUUAAAGAGAAUGUCGUUGAGCGCCACACCUAACGGUAAGCUCCUCGAUGUGGAGGUUCCCAUUACAAGAUCGGACAUCUUGCACCAGUGUGAUAUCAUGGAGGAUGCCGCCAUUGGAUAUGGUUUCAACAACUUGAAGAAGACGAAAGCAAAAGGUGACUCUUUGGUGGCAUCCGCCUUGCCUGUUAAUAAGGUAGCUGACAUUCUCAGAAUUGCAUCUGCUCAGGCAGGCUACUUGGAAGUGUUGCCAUUGACGUUGAGCUCGCAUGACGAGAACUUCAAGUUCUUGAGAACCACCGAUGACAACACCAAGGCUGUUAAGUUGGAGAACCCUAAGACCGUGGAGUACCAGGUGGUCAGAACCACGUUGUUGCCAGGUAUCCUCAAGACCAUCAAGGAAAAUAGAAAGCAUUCGUUGCCUAUCAAGGUGUUUGAGUGUGGAGACAUUGUGUUGAAGGACCCUACUUUGGAAAGAGGAGCUUUUAACCAGAGAAACUGGUCUGCUAUCUACGCUGGUAAGACCUCUGGUUUCGAGUUUGUCCAGGGUUUGUUGGGCAAGGUCAUGCAGACCAUGAGAACUCCUUGGAUCGAGAACCCUAAGGAUGACAAGAGAAGAGGUUACUGGAUUGAGCAGGACGAUGCUAACCCAACCUUCUUCCCAGGUAGGGGUGCCAAGGUUUUCUUCAGACACAGCGAAGGCGCUGAGCCAAAGCAUAUUGGAGCCAUUGGAGUUUUCCAUCCCGAGGUUUUGGGCCACUUCGAGAUUCCAUAUGCUGCUUCCUCGGUGGAGAUUAACGCAGAGGUGUUCUUGUGA